AUGUCAAGCACAGCUUCAUCAACCUCUAUAACAUCGUUUAACCCCACCGUGUCGAGUACCAAGAAAAUAACAGUAGCCAGUUGUCCAAACCGACCAGCUGGGGUAAAGGUGGCGACAAAAACCAUCGGCGGUAUUUGCUACGAAUACGUGAAGGGCACGUACUCGGAGAAAAAGUCCUGGGCAGAUGCUCUCGACGACUGCAGGAGAUAUGGCGGCACUCUUGCCGAGGCUAUUAAUAACGAUGCAUGGGUGCGGCUUAAGGACGGACUGACGGGAAUUAUUGAUAGCUCCACGUGGAUAGGCCUACAUGAUCCCACGAGGAGUAUGAAGUGGGUGUGGGUUGGUUCAGGCACCCCUCUCCCCACCUCUGGUUGGACUCCACCAUUUGACACUUUGCAGAACUUAGGUUACGAGUACUGUGUCCAGAUCUACCACGGCAUCUCCUGGUUCAACACCAAAUGGAGGUGGCAUGACGUCACCUGUAUUGCCAAGGCCAGCUACUUGUGCCAAUACGGAACGUUGCUAACUACUACAGUGAAGACAGAACCCACGACUACUCCGUCCACCACUACUACUAGUUCUACUACAACCACUUCAUCAUCUGCAACUACUACACCAACUACAGCUAUAACGCCCACCACACGUACUGUAUCCACAUCAAGUACUACACCAACUACAACUACUGCAACUAAGAUACCAACCACUGCAGUUACAACCACUCCCUUAACAACAACAACAACAACAACAAUUAGCACAAAACCAACUACAACUACAGUGCCCGCUACAAAUACGCCUUCCGUAGCUGUUCUCUCAACAGAUACUUCCAAAACAAAGUCUACAAACACAGGAAAAUCUAGUUCUACGGCUACAACAACCGCAUCAUCUUUACCUACCAAAACUUCUACUUCCUCAACACCAAAGUCAUCGACUAUUUUUAAAACUAAUUCAACACUGCCUUCUACAACAUCAACUAGCGCGACACCCCCAACACCUACCACAACAAAAUAUAAAACCACACCUACUUCUACUAAAACUACGAAAACUACGCAAACUACGCAAACCUCAUCAAAUAUGUCUAAAACAACUGCCACGCCAACCGCCGCAACAACCACCGUUAGGAGCACCUCAACGGGGUCACAGAGUUUCGGUCCAGCUGUGUUUACAGUCCUAUCGACCAAAACAGUCGCUACAGCGUCCUCCAGAAAAUCUACGGCCAGAAAGAGCGACACGACGCCAUCGCGUGAGACAACACCAUCAAAUGGCAGUCCCUUAACCGGCAAGUCGACCACACCAGAGAGCGCAAUGGAGGGGUCGGCUUCUCCGCAAGAAGCGGCAAAACGCAAGGCUGAGCAACAAAUGUAUACGUAUAUUGGAUCUGGCGCAGGUGGUGGAAUAUUACUUCUGGUGCUUGUAGUCGUGGUAGUCGUCAUAGCAUUGCAAAGAAGACGCAAACAGCCUCGUUCUGACUAUGAUGAUAUCGAGACGCCAGAGAGGGUGGAGUUUAAAAACCCAAUGUUUCGCAAUCUUUCUGUGACGCCAUCAGAACUCGGUCUUGUAGAAAACGAGGAAUAUGGCGAUAGAAGGCCCUCUGAAUUCAGCAUGGACUGCAAAAGUGGUGACGUAUCCAAAAUUUGA